AUGAGUUCCAUGACUACAAUUCUUGUCAUUGCAGUGUGUUUUGUUCAAGCCUUGUAUGCAGGCCUCUCCAUCAUCUCAAUCCUUGCACUAAGGCAGGGCAUGAGCCACUACACCUUUGUGGUGUAUCGUAUGGCCAUUGCAACUGCCUUGCCCUGUAAUGGACCAAAACUUAUACUAUGUGGGCAUGAAGAACUCCAAUGCCACAUUCACAUCGGCCAUGUGCAACAUGCUUCCGGUGUUUGCAUUUGUCAUGGCCUGGAUUUUCAGACUCUUACUCACCAAUUGUUUUCCGAAUACAGGCUGGAGAGUGUGGACUACAGACACCCGAGAGGAUUGGCCAAGGUUGUAGGAACCUUGGUUACUGUGGUAGGAGCAAUCCUCCUUACCAUGGUCAAGGGGCCUUCCCUUAACUUGCCAUGGGCAAGGGACCAUGAGAAAAAUCAUUCUUCACAGCCCGAAGUCAAGGGUGCUUUCUUCCUAACACUAGCCUGCUUCUGCUGGUCCUGUUUCAUGAUCCUACAAGCUAAUGUACUCAAGUCCUACCCCUGCAAGCUCUCUCUCACCGCUUUGAUUUGCUUCUGGGGUAUGGUGGAAGGAGCAGUGGUGGCUGUUGUGGUUGAAAGGGGGAACUCGGAAGCAUGGUCCAUACACUUGGACUACAAGUUGCUCGCAGCUGUAUAUGGGGCUUUUCUAUCGGGGGCUGCAUAUUAUGUCAUGGGACUGGUUGUGAAGAAGAAGGGACCAGUUUUCUACUCGGCCUUUAACCCCUUGGCCACUCUGCUUGUGGCGAUUUUGGGGUCAUUUUUUCUGGCAGAACAGUUGUAUACCGGGAGUCUCAUCGGAGCUGUAACCAUUGUGGGAGGCCUCUAUCUUGUUCUUUGGGGAAAAGCAAGAGAUCAGCCUCCCUCCGAUUCAAAGAAGGCCAAUGUGGAAGAACCAACUGGAACCCCAGCGCAAGUUUAAGUUUGGAGUUUGUUUAGCAAGACAAGGCAGAUUCUGCAUUAUCAGCUGUAUAUUGUUUUAGUUUUUCAUUAUAUUAUUUUUUAAUUAAUUAAGGGAUUAAACAAUAUUAG